AUGUCUCUGUCCCGGUUCUGUGCGACCCCUGGUCGUGUCCAUCUCUUCAAUCUUUCCCCGGCCAUUAACUCUCAGCAUUCCCAAAAACGUGUAGGCCGCGGCCAGGGAUCGGGACGAGGUGGCACGUCUGGACGUGGUCACAAAGGACAAAAAGCUCGCGCUGGGAAUGGAAAACCGAGAGUCGGAUUUGAAGGUGGUCAGACACCUAUUACAAAGCUCAUCCCCAAGCGUGGUUUCGUCAAUGCAAACACAAAAACGUGGGCCCCGGUCAAUCUGGAUCGAAUACAGCAUUGGAUAGAUCAAGGUCGACUUGAGUCAUCACCUGAGAAGCCUAUAACUGCUCGAGAGCUCCUCAUGAGCGGCUGCAUCCACGAUGCUCACGACGGUGUGAAGCUGCUGGGCAAUGGUGCAGAGCAUCUAAAGACGCCUAUACAUGUAAUUCCUUCGCGUGCGUCGCAAAGUGCCAUUCGUGCAGUGGAAAAACUAGGCGGAACUGUCUUCUGCAAAUACUACAACCCCUUGGCUCUUCGGGACUGUGUCAAGGGUAGGACGGACCGCGUGGAAGCUGCGCCCACACACCGAAGAGAUAUAUUAUGGUACACUCAGUGGAGGAAUCGGGGCUAUCUUUCCCCUACUGCGACGAACAAGAUGCCCAUGGUAGAGGAACGCUGGAAGGAGCUGUCAGAACAGCUCCGGCGAUACAAGGAUGAUGUCACGGGCAAGCAGAAGUAA